AGCGGCUCAGAUGAUAAGCCUCACUCCAGACAGAAGCGAAUACUUUGGAUCACCAACGACGGGCGCCUCGCCCUACCACCAGGCACCGCCAUGGUCAUCACACCGUCGCUGUCCCUGCCUUUCGUGCGCUACCCACCAGAUGGCUUCUUGUCAAACAUGUCCAUCAGUUUGCCAUUUACAAUUGACUUCGACAAGCUCGGUCUGACAGACAACGAGAAUCCUUAUGGCGUAGUACCACCUGUCCUAGCUCGCAGUAUGGGCAGAAUGUCCGGUAUCCUGCUGGCCGACUACAUUGGCCAGAUUUUGGAUCGCAGGAGACACUCCAGAGCAGCACCCCCACCCCCACAACCACCAUUUGCAAAUUUCCACGGAGGGGAAAGGGCACUUCUGUAUAUUGUGGUGGAAGAUUUGCUUGCAAAUUUUGGUAUGGAUGGUAAAGCUUGUCUUCUGAGAGCCAUAUGUGAAGUGCAUGGCCAAUCCUUGCAUCACUUUGGUCUAAUUGGAGAAAUUGUAAAACUCUUCUUCACGGCAAGCAAGUCUCCAUUUGCCAACAUAUUGGAGGAGUACGUACAUGCAGAGCGAGCAGGACAGGAGAAUGGUCAUGGCGAGUGUUGGCGCUAUUACAAGGCUUGUCCCAAAUCACUCUUCGCGUCUUCACAAGAGAAUAAGUACUUGAAAGAAGCAACUGAUCAUAAGCAAGAAGAUCAAUUCUUGCAAGAAGGUGAUGAACAACCAAAAUCAAGGACAUCAAAAGUAACAUUAGAUUCGUCUGAUAUAUCUGCCAAAGCAAUGUAACAGUGCUCAAUUUCAUGUGUAUGUGAAUGUGUGUGUGCCUGACGGGUAAUGCUCAAAUAAGGGUUAUUGAUGAAGGGAAAAACUAAAUAGAAAAUGCGGUCUGCCCAGAGGGAUGGGCAAGCGGUAUCAAGGUCAAUCUUCUCCAGAGCAGUGAAGAGGGGCAAGUGUGUGUGGUAAAAAUGUGAGACCAGAGGUGAAGAAAGUACCAUAGUAGUUUUUACUUUAUAGAUUCCUAGUUGCUCUGUAGUGUGUCACUUAUGAGACAAAAUGAUUUAUAUUUCGAAGGACAUGGAUUACAAACCUUCAUGGCCUGUUUGGUCCAGACAUUCAGGAGUACAAACAGUUUCGUAAAGGACCUUGCCAUACAAUUACAGCAAUAUCAUCUUUCACAAUUCAAGGUAACAGUUGGUUAUAGGAAGAACUUGGUAAUCUGCGAGUUGGACAUAUGCAACAUUCUGGAAAAUAAGUGCCCAAGCUAUACAGUAUUAAAAUCAGAGCAUAUAUUCACAAACCUUUCCAGACAACAGUGUACUUAACUGAUCAACAAAUGUCUAACGAAGCUACGAGAAGACCAAGAACCUGCUUUCACUUGUCUGGACCUAGAAUAAACAAACAACGGUCAUCUGCUUGCCAAAAACAAGGCUUGAAUAAAUAUAUGCAAAUACAAUAAGUGGAUUAAAAUAUUUUAAAGUUAAACUCAUCAUACCAGCACCAACAUUCUCUUGCUAUCAAGAGUCACACAUCUGUAUUCAGUAUCUCACAUUUGUAUCAGUUAAACUGUUUUACCACUGUUGGGGCAUGAUGCUGACCACUCACCCCUAUCAAGGUUACGAAUGAGCAGGAGCUACACAUCCUACGCUCACCGCAGAUGCCUACAUAUCUUUUUUUUAAAAACUACCACCAGGAUGGACACACGUGAUUGAAGGAAUGAUAUUUUUGUUUACUGCAUCCAGAAUUGUCUAAAGGCCACCCUCUCUCCUAUCCCUUUAGCAGCAGGGACAUUUUGCCCAGGGAUAGAAGUAGACAGAGGGUGAAGCUAACCAGUCAUUUCCUUUUAAUGGCAAGGCCUUGAGCAUGGUAUAAUACUUAGUCACAUGAAUAGCUUCAUAUUUAUUUCUAAAAUAAAGAAACAAUAUAUGAGAAAUUCAUAUUCAUUUAUUUUAUGCCUGUAAGUCAUUGAAGCUCAUUGAAGCUGGCAUGCACUUAUGACCCAACACAAUACUUCGACAUUCCUGUGUGUAACCAGUAUUAGAUGAGAUAGAAAUUAUGUUAUGUUGUGAAACAUCCUGGUAACAACAUGUACAGUUCACAGAGAAGUGUCUGUAAAUAGAAAUGUUUGACUUGUAUAAACUAUAAGUAUCCUUGUACAAAUUAAUUUAUAUAUUUGUAGAUAAUCUACUGGAACACAUAAGCAAAUCAGCCAAAACAUUAAAUUAUUAUACCAAUGAU